CUCCCGUGUGUAACCAUGAGCGCCCGCGGACAGAAGAGGAAACCCUCCCGGUAUCAGGAUUACGAACUCGAGACUGACUACACCCCGAGUUCGAAGCGGGCGCACCAUGAGGGGGAGGGGGGCGGCCCGCUGCUGGUGGCCUCUCCGGAGCCCUGGGCCGACGGUGGAAGGUCUCCCCGCGUAAGGAAGAAGUCUGCCAAGCUCCGAGACUCCGACAGGGAGACACACGUUACUAGUCCUCAGAAAUCCUCAUCAUCCAAGUCCAAGAAGCAGGACUCGCACAGCCUGCCGUCAGCUCACUACAGCCAUGACCCGCCCCUGCACCUCAGCAGCACGCCAGGCUCCGCCUCCGGACACAAGAAGGACAAGAGCAGACACAAGAAGAGCAAGUUGGAGCCGCUGUACAUCGACACCUCCGACAUGCCGGAUCCUGCGCCCAAGAAACACAGCAAGGGGUCCCACCACCAUCACAAGCACGACAAGGAGAAGAAGUCUAAAAAAUCUCAUAGCUCGAAGGAGGAGGAUCCGCUACACUCACCUGACGAGUCAGACGUACAUGUGGAGGAGAUGGAAGGAAUAAAGCUCAAACUGAUCCUGUCUCCCAAGGAGCGAGGAGCUGGGAGCAGCGAGGAAAAGGAGACCAAGGGUAAGAAGUCCGGAAGUCACAAGAAAGAUAAGGAAGACUCGAGCCACAAGAAGGACAAGAAAAGCAAGUCUAAGGAACACAACGCCUCCAGUGAAGAUGGGAAAACCAAGAAGAAGGAGAAGAAGAAGAAGAAAGAGAAGCACAAGUCAGGCGAAGAGUUGUCGUUUGAGUCUUCCAUGGACGAAUCUUACGGUGUCUCCCCUCCGUUCUCAUUACCACAGUUUGGUAACUAUGGGAUGGGGAUGGGGGAGGGAGAGGAGAUGGGAGCAAAAGAGAAGAUGAAGAUAACACUCAAACUGGGAGCUCCAGGUCCCAGGAAGGAGGAGGCGGUUUACUCCGGAGGUGUGCCGGAGUUUGAGGACCAUCAGGAGCCCCAGCCGUUCGAGUUUCCUGCGUACGCCGUGGACGACACGGAAGUCUCCAGCCAGUCCGACAGCGCCCUGGCGAGUCCCGGGGAGACAAGACAGAAACAGAAGAAGGAGAAAAAGGAAAAGAAGGAGAAGAAAAAGAAAGAAAAGGCUCCAAAAGAGGAGAAGAAGCCAAGGAAGAAGAGUAAGCACCAGAGGCAGAAGGUAGUUGUAGAACUUGAAGCCAACCCUGGGAUAGAUUUUUCCAUCAGUAGUAGAGCCAUCAGUAGAAGCUGGGGGGAGAUGUGGCAGCAGCUGCCUGAGAGGGAGAAGAUGAUCUGGAGGAGCAAGAGGCUGACUCUGGAGCACAAACAGAAGAAAGCAGCGGCCACUACAGUCAAGAGAAAGGUGACAGCCCUGUCCCCCGUGCGAGGAGGUGCGGUUAGCCCCGAGCCCGUGAUGAGCCCAGUGAAGACCCCUGUACCUGGCACCAACCCCAUCGAUGUGGCUGCUCACCUGAAACUCCUGGGCGAGUCUCUUAGUCUGGUAGGACAGAGGCUCCACGAGACGGAGGGACACAUUGCGAUCCACAGGGGGCUGUCCGUGCUGCUCGACUCGAUGGUAGGACAGAGGCUCCACGAGACGGAGGGACACAUUGCGAUCCACGGGGGGCUGUCCGUGCUGCUCGACUCGAUGGUAGGACAGAGGCUCCACGAGACGGAGGGACACAUUGCGAUCCACGGGGGGCUGUCCGUGCUGCUCGACUCGAUGGUAGGACAGAGGCUCCACGAGACGGAGGGACACAUUGCGAUCCACGGGGGGCUGUCCGUGCUGCUCGACUCAAUGGUGUGCGCGCUCGGGCCGCUCCUCUCGCUGACACGACAGGUCCCGGAGAUGAACGGCUGCCCACAGGACGUCCACGAGAGAACGCUCGACAAUGUCGCCUACAUCAUGCCUGGGCUGUGAGAUAAUAUAGAAGGCUUCCUUCGAUCAAUAUUGACCAUGGUAAAAUCCUUAUUGAUACCAGCCCUACAGCGUUGACUAUGGCUUGACAGUCCUAUACAAAUAUAACAGUCUAUGCCACGUAGGGCACAUCUGUAGGCUGACUCGGGUCUGUUUAGAGUUCUUUUCGCAGGAUAUGCUUUUCUUCUGCCAUUUGCUGUGGGUUCUUUAACAUGCUCGAGGUUUGGCUCUCCUCAAACACGGGACCUCCAAUAUUGGACAAAGGAGCACUUCGUAUUUGAUACAUGACUUGUCAAAUGCGUUAUACUUAGAACACUUGGAGGACCCUGCAAAUAACAGAUCCAGCUGGAGCUGGAGAACCUUUGUGGAUAGGCAGACUGCCUCUACAGUAUCUAGCUAUGGAACUGUGUGAGAGAGAGAUACAUGUAGUACUACACGUAGUUACUUAAGUUAUUA